CUAGAUGAAUCUGAGUGAAUCUGUCAGAAGGAUCUUGAGGCUGGCUCAGCACAGCUGCCAAGGAAGCCCAGCAGGGUCCUGAAAUCGGAGAACAUGCCCAAGAAGAGACGAGUUCAAUCCAAGUUAGGCCUUAUCUCUGUUCCCAAUGCCCUAUCGACGGACUUUCAGCUCUGUUUUUCUGGAAUGACAGGUAAAUGUGCCUGGUCGCUCGCCCAACAAACAUCAAUUAAGCAUCUUCUCAUCCCAGACCCCGAUAGGCACCAGCCAUUCGAAGGGAACUAAGCUGGUUCUGGACAUCCCUCAAAGAGUGCACAGACACCUAACGUGGUCAGCGAGAAGACAACGCUAAUUUCCUGCGAUUCCCCUGCGCAGUGCUGGAGCCCUGGCGGCAGCUGCUCACGCUCUCUCACCGUAUGGCCCUUUAUCCCUGCCAGGAGGUGAAAGUGAUUACGAUGCAUGUUCUACAGACGAGAAAGCCGAGACUCUGAGAGCGGAGGGAACGGCCACACAGCCAUUAAAUGGCAGAGCCAAGAUAAGAUUGAAGAUGAGCUGGAGAUGACCAUGGUUUGCCAUCGGCCUGAGGGACUGGAGCAGCUGGAGGCCCAGACCAAUUUCACCAAGAGGGAGCUGCAAGUUCUUUAUCGAGGCUUCAAAAAUGAGUGUCCCAGCGGUGUGGUCAAUGAAGAAACAUUCAAGCAGAUCUACGCUCAGUUUUUCCCACAUGGAGAUGCCAGCAUGUACGCCCAUUACCUCUUCCACGCCUUUGACACCACCCAGACAGGCUCCGUGAAGUUCGAGGACUUUGUAACCGCUCUGUCGAUUUUACUGAGAGGAACCGUCCAUGAGAAACUAAGGUGGACAUUUAAUUUGUAUGACAUCAAUAAAGAUGGAUACAUAAACAAAGAGGAGAUGAUGGACAUCGUCAAAGCCAUCUAUGACAUGAUGGGGAAAUACACAUAUCCCGUGCUCAGAGAAGACACUCCAAGGCAGCAUGUGGAUGUCUUCUUCCAGAAAAUGGACAAAAAUAAAGAUGGCAUCGUGACUUUAGACGAAUUUCUUGAAUCCUGUCAGGAGGAUGACAACAUCAUGAGGUCCCUCCAGCUAUUCCAAAAUGUCAUGUAACUGUGAACACAGCCAUCUGGCUCUCAGAGACGUUGUACUGAACAACCACUUCUUAACACCUUGAUCUGCCCUCAUCCUGAUUUUACACACUGACUCUUGGGACAGAAACACCUUUUACAUUCUGAAAGAAUUCUCCGCUGGAGACUUUCUAUGGAACCCAGCAUCAAAUGGCUCAGUCUCUGAUUGCCAACUCUUCCUUCUCCGUCUUCUUGAGAGAGACAAGAUGAAAUUGGGUUUGUUUUGGAAGCAUGCUCACCUCUUCACACCGCUGCCCUAUGGAAGGUCCCUCUGCCUGAGCUUAAACACUAGUGCACACUUUUUUUGCUUGCGUGCCCCAGCCCACUGCCUCCAGCAGACCUUGAUGUGUCUGGAAGCAAGAUGACCUGAGCCAAAUGCACACCAUCCUCUGAUGGCCUCCCAAACCGAUGUGCCUGUUUCUCUUCUUUCAGUGGGAAGAGUGAGCAUUAUACAGAACAAUAUGAAUCUGCAGAUGACUAGAUUGGGAGAGCCAGCACCUCACAUACGUAGCCUAGAACUGAAUUCUUAAGCAUGGCAUUGUCUGGUGACACAAACUGCCCACAUCCUUUGUUUCCAGAGGCAAGAACCAAUAAUUCUCUCUCACACUGGCAUCUGUGCUGGUAAUGCAAGUCCCUUAAUGUGCCCAGGAAGAGAGCCAAUGCCCAAUGGUCCAUGCCCUCACUCCAUCUCCUGCUAGAGCCCAGCACUGCAUGCCCCUCCCAGAAAGCCCAGAAUGCCUGAAAAUUGCUGUAAUUUUAUACCAUGUUCUAAUCAAUAAACAGAACUAUUUCUUACA